AGAAAAAGCCGCGACCUUACUGCAUCCAUCAGUUUUUUUUGUCGCAAAACUUAAGUAUCUUGAAAGUAAUAAAUCUGUGGAACUGCACAAAAAUCGCGACUUGAACGCAUGGAGAACGGAGUGGAACACGGUGUGGACGAGGCGGGCGAGAACCAGGUGGUGAGCAGCUCGGACGGCGAGGGCGACUGUGAUGGUGAGGGGGAAGUGGAGAGGGAGGUGCUGCAGCCGCCGCCGCCGCAAAUAACAAAUAGUGAUUGUGCUGGAGAGGGAACGGGGGAGGGAGAGGGUCCACUGGCAACAACGGAAGCUAUGGACGCCACUCCCGAAUCCGGCGUACCACCUGCAGAAGGAGGAGCACCUGCCGCCAUCCUGGAGGACAACCUGUGCGACAAGGAUGGGGAUAGCGAUGCUGCCGACGAAGACAACGAUGAUGAGACCAAGGAGAACUACGAGGGCUUCAAUGGAACCGGACGCACCGUCACCCUGCAAACACUGAUGGCUGCCAAUGUCCUGCAACCGGGACUGGGGCUCAUGACCAUUGAGUAUUUGGGCCAGAAGUUUGUCGGAGACCUGCUGGCCGAUGGCAAGAUCAAAUCCCAUGAGACUGAGACCAUAUUCCUGACACCCAGCGCUUGGGCCAUGCACUGCAAACGGAUCAUCAAUCCGGAGAAGAAGAGCGGCUGCGGCUGGGCCUCGGUGAAGUACAAGGGCAAAAAACUGGACGCGUACAAGAACACCUAUCUGCGCAAGUGCGCCCUGCAGAAGGAAACGCCGCUCGAUGAUUGUGACCUGGAUACCGAAAGGAAGUCGGACUCACCGGAGAUUGUCGUUAAACGAACUGUUUUCGCACACAACACCGUAGCGAAUCGCAAUGUUGUUCACGACGCCAAUAUGCUCAUUGAAUCGGUGCCGUUUACAUCGGUGGGCAAGCUGCAGCCCUUUCUCAUCACAGUUAACUCCUCCGCGCUUCUGCUGGCGGACUUCCAUUGCCAUUUGACGGUGCGCGAGGUGUGCGGCUAUUUGGGGGGCACCUGGGACAUGAACACACACACUCUGUCCAUCACCAAGACAUAUCCUUGCCGUAACACACGCUUCGAUCGACAGCGAGCCGGCGAAGUGGAGCGCGACAUCCAGAAGAUGAUGAUCCAGGACCAACUGCUCUUGGUUGGCUGGUAUCACUCGCAUCCCAAGUUCCAGGCGGAACCCACACUGCGGGACUGCGACUCGCAGUUGGACUAUCAGAUUCGAAUGCGCGGUGCUAGCGAUCUCACCUAUACGCCAUGUGUCUCCCUUAUCAUAUCUCCUUAUUAUGAUGAGAAUCCCACGCUGGAGUCGGUGGUCAAGUGCAUUUGGAUUGUGCCGCCCAACGAGAACAAGCAAUCAAUGGAGUACGGAAGGCCAAUGCUGAUGCAGUACUCGGUGCUGCCGGACAAGGAGAUUCCCGAGGAGGUGCGCUCCGAGAUCCAGCUGUGCGUGGACUACUACUCGCAGUACCGGGGAGAGGUGGUCAAGUUCCGGAACAUUUACAACAACGACGUGACCUACAACGAGAAGCUGAAGAACACGCUCUACCCGAAGUUCCCCUCCAAGCAGAGCGACAAGGCGCUGUGGAACUGGAUAUGCGCAGUGCUCGAUUGCGAGCAGGAAGACGACUUCAUUCCACCCAAGACCAUCAAGAUCAUCGACAACGACGAACUGGAGGUGAAGGAGGAGGACAAGCCAGUUGCUCUGAUGGAUCUUAGCAACGAUGUGAAAAUCACGGCACCCAAGGAGGAACUGUUCAGUGAGUCAAUAACCGCAUUGGAGGAGAGUGCACGCAAGACAGAGGAGGAGGCCAACGCGCAGGCGGAGCAGAAGGCCAGCGAAGUGAAGGUGAUGUCGCUGCAGGAGCAGCUCUGCAUGCCCUCCGGACUAAAUAUGAACCCGGUGCGAAUGCUUUCCCCGCUGGCCACACCCAAUCCCACGAGUCAUCCGUCGGUGCUGCCCAAUUUGGUGCCUCCAACCUUGCCGGCAGCCGCCACCCAGUUGCUUCCACCGCAGAUGCCCGCGGCAACGGCACCUCCAGCCAUCCCACCAGUUGCGACGACUUCGGCGCUGUCCUCCGCAUUGAGUGCCUCGCCCAGGGACAGCCCCAUCACCAUCCAGUCGAACUCCGCCAGUCCGGCCAAGUUCGAGGUUCCGGUGAGGGCGUCGCCAUCGCCGGCCAAAUCAGACACCUCGUCGCAUGCCUCCACCUCCCGCACCCGCAACUCACCGGCUCCCAGUCCGGGAAAGUUCAGCGUGAGCGACAUUGCCCGGAACAGUCCCAGCAUCACGCCCAACAAGUACGAGGCGGCUGCAGCUGCUCUGGUGCCUCCAGCGGCCGCUUGUCUGCCCACGGCCAACGAUCUGAUGGCCGCCAGUUUGGCCCAACUGGCCGGGCAACUUCCUCCGAACUUCCUUCAAGGCGAUCUGGCUGCACUCUUCCAGCAGCAGCGCAAGGACUACGGCAGCUCCUCGCUCAAUCAGCUGGCGGCGGCGGCAGCCAAGGUGGGUGGCUCCAAGCAGGGCAACGCCACUGCUGCCGCCGGCCUGACUGAUCCCAAUGUGGCGGCAGCCGUGGCUGCCUACUCGAACAGCUUCAACUUGCCGCUGCCCACGGGAGUGGGAAUCGGAGGAGGAGGUGGUGGUGGUGGCAACAGCAAUACGCACAGCAGCGGCAAGUCCAAGUCGGAACGGUCGUCGAAGUCCUCGUCCUCUUCUUCCUCCUCGAACUCCAGCUCAACCUCCAAUUCGUAUAAAACGAAGCUGAUGAAGGAGCUGGACGAACUGAAAAACGAUCCGCUCAAGAUGAGCGAGCUCAUCCGUUCGCCGGAAUACGCAGCACUGCUCCUCCAGCAGGCCGAAGCCCUGGGAGCCACUACAUUGGGAACCCUCGGCUUUGGAUCGGACUACAGCUAUUUGACGGGAGCAGGAUUAGGAGUGCCCGCCGGUAAUGCUUUGACUGGCGGUCAACCCUCGAACUCUUCAUCCGGCAAGUCGUCGAAAUCUUCGCCAGCGGCCGCAGCAGCGGCUGCUCUCAGUGCCGACUACAACAACCUAAUCCAGGCAUCGAAGCUGCUCGGCUACGAUUCCUACAUGCAGCAGAGUAAGCAGAGCAACGACUUGAACGCGUUCCUGCAACAGCAAAUGGCAGCUGUGGCCGCCGCCUCGAUUCCUCCGCCGCCGCAGGCUGCCUCGGGUGGUGGUUCCAACAGCAGUUCAUCCAAGAAGCAGCAGCAGCAGUUGCAGCAUCAGCAACAGCAGCAGCAGCAGCAGCAGCAACAGCAGCAGGCGGCUGCCCAGGCGGACUACACGGCCCUCUUGCAGACCUACACCAAGUUGUUCGAUCCCAACAAUCAGUUCGCAGCGGCCAUGUCCUCCAACAAGCACAUGGCUGGAGCCCACAACGAGCUCUCCGCCCUGCUCUCCUCGGGAGUGGGCGUGGCCGGAGGUGCAGGCGGCGGAGGAUCGAAGCAGAAGCAGAAGGACAUACAGAGCGAUAUGCUGAACCAGCUGCUGCAACUGGAGAAACAGGAUUCGGAGAUCAAGGCGCUGUUGUAUCGCCAGAACAAAGCUGCGGCCGAUUUGGACGCCCUGUUUGCCACGCCCUCGGGCGCGGUGGUGGGCGCUGGCUCCUCAGCGAAUGCCAUGAAGUCGGGCAGCUCCUCGGGCAACGCUGGGGUGUCCGGCAUGUCAUCACCCUCUUCCCUGUCCAACCAAGCUGCCUACUACAAUGCGUUGGCGCAGGAAAAGAUGCAGGACUAUGCCGCCUUCUUCCAGCAACAGCACGGCAAAUACGGCAUACCCGAUCCCCUGUCCAAGACCACACUGGCGGCCAACAACAUGUUCAUGUCGCCAUCGGCUCUGUUUAAGAUCCAGCAGGAAUCGCUGUCGGCCAUGAUGAUGAAGCCGCCCAAGUCGACGACGCCCUCAUCGGCGCGCACCCGUGAAUCCUCGGCUUCGCCGGCUCUGGAACGACUGACGCCCACCAAGUCUGCCAACAGUGGAGGAGGUGGCGGCGGGGGCAGCAACUCGAACUCCGCCGGCAAGUACAACUUCAGUGCCGUGGACCUGGCCAUCUCGAGCGUGCCCUCGAACACACCAUCGCCGGCGCCCUCCGACGGGAGCAGCAGUUCAUCGCACCGACGACCUUCGCCGGACUUAAGUCGCCUCUACGGAGAGCUCGCGCCACCAGGAUCACUGCUCGGCAGCGGUGGAGUGCCCAAGAAGCGCAUGGAGUUCGCCUCGGUGGCUGACUUGGCUGCACCGCCACCGGCCAAGAUGCCCAAGAACAGCAUGGGCGAUGAUAUCCUGAACCUGUCGCACGACUAGGAUGUCUGAACUGGAAUCCUUGCCAGCGCAAUCGCAGACGCAGUAUUUCCCCAACAGUAUCUAUUCCCAUACGUAAAGCAUCCAUUAACGUACCAGUGUCCGUCAUUUUAAUCGCCCAAUCAGUAUCUUUCGGGAGAAAUAUUUUACCUUAUUCUUACUUUAUUUUAUUUUAUUUUAUUUUAUUUUAUACCUUACUUAAGUUUACUUCUUGCUAAGUGUAAAGUUCAUAGAUCAGAAAUAUGAAUCUGAUUGCCAGCUGUUUUUGUAAUCAAUUAUAUUUUAAAACCUAUCUUUUGGAUUAUUUCUACAACGCAGAUAUGCCGUGCAUAUCUCAAUCGAAACAAUCAUCAUGAUCCGUAAAGAUUUCGCCAGUCCUACGAGUGAAUCUCCGCUUUUACUCACCUCAAGAGCGCUGUAUGUCCUUGAACGUUUAAUUUAAUGUACUCGUACUAAUUUAGGUUUAACUACCGCGUAAAAGUACUUUAAGUAUUUUAAAACACAGACAGCGCACACAUCAACUGUAUUGUAUUGCCUACCGUAUUAACUAUAACUUUGAAUCUUUGCCGCAAUAAAUUAAACGACUAGUUACUU